AUGAACUCGCUAAUAUUAUCCAAAAAGAGCUUUAUUUUGUAUUUCGGAUAUGCUUUUUUGAUAAGUUACUCUUCGGCGGCUGUUUCCGGUCCACUCACUCCAGAUUUUCAGAAUUGGCUCGUCAGGUGAAAAAUUUUACACUAUGAAAUAGUUAAGAGUAGUUUAACCAAAUUCGAUAUUAGGUUUUUGUUUAACACGCAUUCUCCCAGAAAAUCGAACAAAUGCGAAAAAGUUUGGUACAAAAAUUUCAUCUUAGUUCCUGAGAGCUCUCCUCCGUUGUACUGAUCCGUUACAUCUUCCCAAGUUCUUUAAAAAUAUUCCCAGGCUCUGUUUCCGGGUGAUCCAGUUGACCUCCAAGCAACCAAAGCGGUCGACCCCGAAUUCGAGCAAAAUUAAAAAAAUUUUCCAAACCGUUUUUUUGCUUCCUAACCAGUAGUUCUCAUCAUCUGGGGGGUUUUCAGUGUAGUUUCCACCAAUUGCUGGCGUCAAUUUUUAUUUUUAGCUCAUUUCUAUUUUUGUCAGAAUUUUUUAAAAUUUUCGGCAAGAGGCAGCCCCAGCAAUACCCCCCAAACUCAAAGCAUUCCUGGUAUCCUAAUCCAUUAGAGCUCAAUAAUUGGAAAGGACAGAAAAAAAAAAUGAAUCCAAGAAAGUGAAAAAAAUUGGAAAAAUUUCGUCAUGCUUGAGAGUCAUAAUUUUUUUGUUCCAAUUUUUGUGUUGAGUGAAUUGUGUCUGAUUGGCAAAAAAGAAGUGAGGGAAAAAUCCUGCUCCCAAGAAAGUAACUGAUUUUUAAAAAUUUAGUCACUUUCAAGUUGGCCGCGUUCUCCGAGAUGGAGGUCAACUGGAUCACCCGGAUUCAGAGUUUCUAGACAUUUUUUCUCUACUCACAAGACCUUAAUGCGUCAAUUAAAGAAAUAAAAAUCCAGGCAUUCGGGGGUUCUAGUACUAGUUAGAGCGAAAAGUUUGAAAAUGCCGAAAAAACGAAAAAUCAGAAAAACGUCAGAAAUUUUUUUUCAAAGGGUUCCAGCUCGCUACUUUUGAGCUGCAAUUUUGCAGCAGGCUGUGUUAUGUUGAACAAAAUAAGAAACAAGACAGUAUCCGGCUUUCACAAAAAAUAGAAAUUUUCAAAGGUUUUGCGAUUUUCAAGUUGGCCGCGUUCUUCGAGAUGGAGGUCAACUGGAUCACCCGGAUUCAGAGUUUCUAGGCAUUUUUCCUCUACUCACAAGACCCUAACGCGUCGAUUGAAAAAAAUAAAAAAAUCCAGGCAUUCGGGGGUUCUAGUACUAGUUAUGACUCAAAGACUGCGAAAAAUCGUCAUUUUUUUCAAAAAAACUUGAAUUUUUUUCUUCUGAAAGAAAAAAAUUUUUUUCCGGGUCAGUUCUAUAACUAUAAAUGGUCAAAAGAAAAACAUAUUUUUGUUUUUAAAAAUUAGUUUGAACCAAUUUGCUCCACUAGGAAAAAAAGUUUGGUUUUUUUACGGUGUUUUUUUCUACAGUAAGCCUAAAAAGUGGGCGGAGCCUUAUAAAAACCUGGUUCUAAAUGUUCAAGAGGUUGUUCACUAUCUAUGAUAGCAAGGAGAGCUCUCAGGAACUAAGAUGAAAUUUUUUUGUACCAACGGUUAAUCGAAAAAUCUCGGAGAACGUGUGUUAAGGUAUUCUGAUGAAAAAGAUAAUCUUUAAGGAAAACCUGUUAAAAAGUUGUGACUCACGAUUUGAACUUUUCUGGUCGCACGCAGAAUGGCUCAACGCGUCGCGGUUACAUAAAAAGGAAACUAUUCUUUAAAAAAACUUUGUUUUCGCUGCGACGAAAAUGACUUGCGUGCUUUGACAUUUUCUUGUCAGGCGCAACUUUUGGAUGAAUAAUGAAAUAAAUUUUUUUCAACAAAAAACAGCUCAUUCCAGGCGCCUUGUCACUCAUAAAAUUGAAACCUUUUAGCCACGGCUAUGAAAAAGACGAUUUCGUACGGAGUGACCAAGGAACUCAAGGAAGUUACGGCGGCUUCACGAAUACGAGCAAAAUUGUGAAAAAUGUCCCCGUCGUUUUCAUCCACGGAAACUCGGACAGCGCUCUGCAGACAAGUUCUUUCGCUACCGGCUGGUCCAACUCUGUAGAGGUAUUUAUAUCUUUGAUAAUAAAUGGGAUAUCCUUUUCAGUACUUUCUUAGCCAAGGCUACACAACCGCCGAGCUCUAUGCGACUUCCUGGCAAGAUACCAAUUUCCUAAAGGCGUCACUUAGGUAUGCAUAUUUUCAAGAAUUUAGAAUUAUGAAAGUAUCUGAGAGUACGUCGUAGUUCUGGUCUCAACUUUUUUUCAGAAAUAAAAAAAUUAAGGUCUCGUUAUUUCUUGGUUUACCUCGCCAUCACAAGUUAUUUUCGAGUUAUUUCGAACUCCUAUCAAAAAAAAAACUUCCACAAAAGUUUGGACCUCACCGGAAGAUGAUAUGUUUAUCAUCAAAAAACUCGCUCGCAUCAGUUUGAAUAAAUUGAACCAAGUCAUGACCUGAAAAACAGAAGGCCUAUCAUUUCUCAAGUCUUCAGAACCCACAACUGUCGCGACCUGCUCCGACUUCGCCGGUUCCUGGAAGCCGUGCUCGCCUACACGGGCUCCAGCAAACUCUCCAUCGUUUCCCACAGUAUGGGAGUGACUUUGGGACGAAAAAUCGUCAAGGGCGGCUCUGUCAAUGCCGCCGACGGCAACUGUGACCUCGGCAAGCCGAUCAACCGAAAUGUCGAGGUGCGAUUGAAAUCGUACGUAAAUAAUUAGAUUAUUCUCAGGUUUUCGUCGGAAUCGCUGGGGCGAACUUCGGACUGUGCAACUGUCAAGGAGUGGAGCAUGUGGAGAAGACUUGCAACAAACAGGUUCAGAUAUAUUGGUGAACUACGAAAUGCGGCCUGAAUUUCUGAGACUGGACAUGUGAAGCUCAAGGAAAAAAUUCUGAAAAGCAAGCCAGGACUUGGAAAAUUGCUUUUCCAUAUUUUCUCUUCUUGAAACUCUGAAAAAGACCAAUUUUACAAUGAUUGUGAAGCAAUGUCAAAAAGAAAGGUUUAGGCGUUGAUAUAGUGUUUUUUUUUAAAUUUUCAAGCUUGCAUCGAAUAUUAUAUCACCUACUUUAGAUCUCAGAUCAAAACUCUGCUCUAUUUGAAGACUUUGAAUUCAAAAGAAAGAUUGUUGAAAGAAUAUCCGAGCUGUGAAAGCUUUUUACCUUCAAAAUUUCAACUCUUUUCAGAACGGCUUCUUCCCUGGCGACAGCUGCGGCGCCAACACGCUCAACUGCGGAACUCAUCCGUUGCCGAAGCCUUGCAACGGUCCGACCUACAGCACCCUUCUCAGUCAGAUGAACAGCGACAAUAUGAAGGAAGCCGACUACGUCUUCAGCACCUGGAGUCAUGGUAAAGGGUCUUCAAGGAGUCCACGUGUGAAUCUUUACUGGUGAAAAAAAUAACGUUAGGAAGGAAAAAUAUCUUUCUCGAAGAUUGGAGGCUUGUAGAUUCAGGCGUAUAGUUGCGCCAGAAGAGAUGAAAAGACGUGUCGAUCCCGAAUUUCUUGUGUGGAGCUCAAUCUUUGGGAAAACAUCUGAAGCUGAGUUUUCCUGGAAUUUCUACGAGCUUUUCGAAAUGUUAGAAAGCUGCAAGAAGUUUCAGAAAGAUAGAAAUGUGCAAAAAAGUUCUGAUCAAAGUAGGUUUCCUUUUCUCACGCAACUGUAGACCCAACAAAGUUCGACCAUUUCACAUUGAACUCGUUGCAGUCGACGAUCUGAUCCAGUUCAACGACAUGACCUGGGGUCGACCAACCUCGUUGAUUCCGACUUCCGAUGCCUUCCACGAGUAUCCGUCCUACACUCACAUGCAGACCAAGGAACAAACUGCCCCGGAUCAAUACCAAAUGGUCAAGAAUAAGAAAAUCCCUUCUUGA